AUGAAUAUGGACUUCCAGAAACUCCUUUUUCACGUUUCUGAGGCUUUGAUCACUGAUAACCUGGCAGCUCUGAAGUUCCUGUGCCUGGACCACAUCUCCAUGAAGAGGCUUGAAGCCAUCCAUGAGCCCAAGGCCUUCUUCGAAGCGCUGCAGGAGAAGGACUUGAUCAACGAGGGGAACCUGUCCUUCCUGAAGGAGCUGCUCUACCGGAUCAAUCGGAGGGACAUCCUGGCUGCCCACCUGCGCUCCAGCGGAGAGGAGGUGGAGAGAGAGCUUCAGAUCCCAGGCAGGACAAAGGUGUCAGCCUACAGACAACUGCUAUAUGAAAUUGCAGAGGACUUGGCUUCAGGUGAUGUGGAGACCGUGAAGUUACUGGUCCAGAAAAAAAUACCAAAGAACAAGCUCCAGGAUAAUGCUUCAAUGUUGCAGGUCUUCCUGGAAAUGCAAAGACUUACGAUAAUUAAAGAAGAUAACCUCUCAGUGCUGAAAGAGAUAUUUAAGGAAUUUAGAGUUGACAUAAAGAAAAAAAUUGAUGCCUAUGAAGAAAAAAAAAAAGAAAAUGAUUCUAAGAGCGAGUUCCGCUAUCCAGUGUCUGGAUCUGUGCAUCUACCAAGACGAGGGGCCGAGGGGGAGACACCGCACCAGCCUGAGAAAUCAUAUGAGAUGAAAAAUAACCCCCAUGGUUACUGUGUGAUUCUUAACAACUAUAGUUUUAAAAAUCCGCAUGAAGUCAGAGAAGGAACAGAGGAAGAUGGAGAGGCCGUGAAGAGGGUCUUUAAGUGGCUUCAGUUUGAGACAGAGGAUCACAUGGAUCUAGAAGCAGAGCAAAUGUAUGAGAUAGUUAAAGAAUACAGCAAAAAAGAUCAUAGCAACAUGGACUGUUUUGUUUGCUUCAUUUUGUCACAUGGUGAAAAAGAUAAAAUAACAGGAGUUGAUCACAAGCUUGUAAAUAUUAAGGAUUUAGUGUCCUGCUUCAGUGGAUCCAAUUGUCCUUCUCUUGCUGGCAAACCCAAGCUGUUUUUCAUCCAGGCUUGCCAAGGCUCUGUAGGUCAUCCACCUGUCACAGUAAAAGAAGACUUCUCUGGCCGUCUUGAGACAGAUGCUACCCCUCUGACUUCUAUUCCUGAUCUGGCUGAUAUUCUGGUUGGCAUGGCUACAGUGGAAGACUACGAGUGCUACCGCGACACAGAGACCGGCAGUAUUUACAUUCAAUGCCUCUGUGACAAGUUGGAGUCUCUUUGCCCACUCCGCAAGGAUCUUGUAACCAUCCUGACAGAAGUGAACAACGAAGUGGGAAGAAAAGUAUUAAACGGAUGUAAGCAGAUGCCGAAGAUAACGUCAACCCUGCGGAAACAAUUGAUCUUCCAAGUUCCACAUUUCCACAGUUGA